AGGGUCGGGACAGCUUGAAGGAAAGAAGACUGGCAGGCCGGUGGAGAGGCAGGGAGAAGGUGGGGUGACUGUGACCCUGUAUGCGAAGGCCUGCUGACGUCACGGGCCCUCUCCUCCGUUCUCUCCCCAGGUGCUCCUCCAGCGUGGGCCCAUCCCAGCUCCUCCCGCACCCGCCCCCAGGUCACAUGAUGGGGCUCAACCACCCCAGCAAGUUCUUCUCCAGCGGCCCGGCCGCCCGCGGUGAGAAGCUGGCCAUCCUGCAGCGGCUGGUCCAGGCCCUGUCCAGGGACCAGCGCCAGCCGCAGCUCUGGGAGCAGCUGGGCCAGCUGUACGAGUCGGAGCAGGAGCUGGAGGAGGCGGCGCACUGCUACCAGAGCGCCGCGCGCCACAGCGGCUACGGCGGCUUCGGCCACCUGGCCACGCGGGCCAGCCAGCUGCUGAGGUACGGGAGCCCCCACCAGCAGCACCGUCCUCGCAACCUGCCCCCUCUGAGCGAAGUGUGGAGCCUGGUGCAGCAGUCGAGGAACUACCCCGGGAAGCGGCCGGCGCCCCACGGGGACCACUCCGUGAUCCACCCCCCGCCGCCGCCCUUCUUCGGCCCCGGCAGCCACCCGGGGCCCCCGGAGCCCCGCUUCAAGAAGAGCGCCCAGAGCAUCGAGGAAGCGCUGGACAAGCUGGACGCCGAGCUGGAGGGCCACGUGCUGGCCGAGGACCGGCGCAGGGAGCUGGAGGAGGAGGGGAAGAAGCAGCAGCAGCAGCGGGAGGUGGAGGAGCAGCGGGAGGGAGAGGAGCAGGGGGGCCGGAGAAGGGCCCCGGAGGAGAACGCCAUCGAGAGCCUGGAGCGGCUCCUCUCGGGGGAGAUGGGCCCCCCGGAGGGGGACAGGCAGCAGCAGCAGCCGGGGCCGGCGCUGCCCAUCGCUCACCCGCCGCCGGUGCCCUCCUACCCCUGGCUGAGCGGGGGCAGCGGCUCCGGGGCCAGCGCCCCCAGCGGCGGCUCGCCCGUCUCCGAGAGGCCGCGGGGCGCGGAGUUCUCCCAGGAGAGGCCGAGGUGGGGCAGCAGUGUGGACUCUGAACAUACCUCAGGGAUCGCCUCCCCUCCUGCCCUGCCCCCCUACUGCCCCCCGGCCGACAAGGUGCCCGGCUUACUGAUGCAACAGCCCGUCCUAGCCAAAGACGCCGCGAGGGAGCGGGAGAGGAAGGCCAGGGGAGACGCCGGCUCUUUCAUGGCGCCGGCGCCCGCGGCCCCGCCGGCCCCGCCCCCGCCGGAGCGGGAGAAGCUCUUCCCGGCCUUUCCCCAGGAGGCUCCGGCCCAGAGCGGCCCCGCGCCAGCUCCGAAGUACCCCGGCAGCGACUCGGACAGCCAGGGGGGGGACCCCCAGUUCGAGGAGGAGCCUCUGUCCACCAUCCUGCCGGACGGCCUGGCCAACAUCAUGAAGAUGCUGGACGAGUCCAUCAAGAAGGAGGAGGAGCUGUACCAGGGCGCCGAGGCCACCAGGGGGCCCUACUCCCCCGCCGCUCCUCUGCGGGGCUGCCUGGGCGCCCCCAGCCUCCUCCCGGCCCCCAAGCCCCACGAGCGCAGCCCCCCCGCGCUGAGGCAGGAGGCGCCCAAGCCCGUCCAGGGGGCAUACCCUUACAAGCACCUCCCUCCGCCCAGCACUGCCCCGUACCCCCUCUCCCCCACCAGCCCCUUGCCCCCCGUCUCGGCUCCUGGCUACGGCCUGGGCCGCGGUCCGCCCCCCGGCAAGGCCCUGCCCUCGUCCCAGACCGGGCCCAACGGGGGGGGGCCCUGCCUGAGCCACCCGCCUCCUUUCAGCCAGACUCAGGGCGACGGCAGCAGCAAGCACCCAGCCUCCUCCCAGCACAGCCGGGGCCUGCGGGACCCCCGCAACCAGGAGCCCAGGGCCCCCCCGAGGCACGAGGGAGCGGGCGGCAGCAGCGGGCAGCAGGGUCCACCGCGGGUCCACCGGCCCGGCCUCUCACCAGCAAACAUCACCGGCGUGCCUUACAGCCCCCACUACCCUCGCCUGCUGCCACAGCAACCGCCGCCCCAGCAACCGCUGCAGGAGAAGCGGCAGGACGCCCAUAGCAACACCAGCGGCGGCAACCGGCCCCAUCACGGCAACAGUGUUGCUGGAAUACCUCACCGGGGCCUGGACCACACCCACUCCUCCUCCUCUUCCUCCUCCGCCAACGAGGGCUGGAGACCGCAGGGCAGACAUGGCAACAGCAAAUGCCUGGAGUCGGGGCAGUACCAAGGUCACGGCCUGGAAUCUCAGGGUCCGCAGCGGACGUCAGAGGGCCGGGGUCCCCCCCUGGCCGGUCCAGCGCUGCACCAGCAGCACCUCAGCCCCCAUCAGGCGCCGCCCCGCGCCCCGGUCUGACCCCCCUGUCCCGUGCUCUCGUUGCAGCUGGAGAGCAAGCGGGACGCCUUCUCUCCGGUUCUGCUGCAGUUCUGCACCGACCCCAAGAACCCCAUCACUGUGAUCCGCGGCCUGGCGGGCUCCCUGCGACUCAACCUGGGCCUGUUCUCCACCAAGUCCCUGGUGGAGGCCAACGGCGAUCACUCAGUGGAGGUCAGGACGCAGGUGCAGCAGCCCUCCGACGAGAACUGGGACCCCAGUGGCUCCACGCAGACCUGGCCCUGCGAGAGCAGCCGGUCGCACACCACCAUCGCCAAGUACGCCCAGUACCAGGCGUCCUCCUUCCAGGAGAGCCUGCAGGAGGAGAAAGGCAGUGAAGAGGAGGAUGAGGAUGAGGAGGAGCCUGUCAGUGCCCCAGAGCCCACAUCCAACAGUAACUCGGAUCAGAAGCCCGUGGGCAAGAUAAUAAAGUUUGGCACGAACAUCGACCUCUCUGACGCGAAAAGACCCGGGGAUGCAGUUCAUCAGAGUAAGCGAGACCCCUGUGAAGGUGGCCCGGGCGGCGUGCCGGGCCUGGGCACGCACGAGGACGUAGCUCCUGGCCGUCUGACCGCCUCGCUGUCCUCCGCAGGUCACCAGGAGAACAACAACUUCUGCUCGGUGAACAUCAACAUCGGCCCGGGCGACUGUGAGUGGUUUGCGGUGCACGAAAGCUACUGGGAGGCCAUCAGCGACUUCUGCGAGAAGCACGGGGUGGACUACUUGACGGGUUCGUGGUGGCCGGUCUUAGAGGACCUGUACCAGGCCAACAUCCCGGUGUACAGGUUCAUCCAGCGGCCCGGUGACCUGGUGUGGAUCAACGCUGGGACGGUGCACUGGGUGCAGGCGGUGGGCUGGUGCAACAACAUCGCUUGGAACGUGGGACCGCUCAAUGCCUAUCAGUACCAGCUGGCCCUGGAGCGCUACGAGUGGAACGAGGUCAAGAAAGUCAAGUCCAUCGUCCCCAUGAUCCACGUGUCCUGGAACAUCGCGCGCACUGUCAAGGUGACUGACCCGGACAUCUACAAGAUGAUCAAGCACUGCCUGUUGCAAUCAAUGAAGCACUCCCAGAUCCUGCGGGACCAGCUGGUAGUGACCGGGAAGAAGAUCUCGUAUCAGAGCCGCGUGAAGGACGAGCCAGCCUACUACUGCAACGAGUGUGAUGUGGAGGUGUACAACAUCCUGUUUGUGACCAGCGAGAACGGCAGCCGGAAGACCUACGUCGUGCACUGCGAGGACUGCGCCCGCCAGCGCAGCACCAACCUCAACAACGUGGUGGUCCUGGAGCAGUACAAGAUGGAGGAGCUGAUGAGCGUCUACGACAGCUUCACUCUGGCACCGAUGCCCAGCUCACGAUAGGAAGUCUCUUCUGUGUCCAUAGCCAUAACCAAAACAUGGCUCCUGCUCGCCAGGAGAAAACAUUUUCUUAAUUUAUUAUUUUUUUGGGGAGGGGUAUAAUUUUUUGGGUUGUUUUUUUUGUAUUUUGUAUUACAACUACUGCUAAUACUUGCCGAACAGCCAAUCAAACCGUUUACUCCAGUGUUGUUUACAAAGCCGCAUCAGCCAAUAAACGCCCUUUUGCUCGUUUUGGCCCCGCCCGCCGACUGUGGAUUCGUUUCCUCUACAGCCUGAUCGGGGGGGGGGCGUAUCGGGAAGGAGGGGCCUGUCGACACGCCUCCUGGGUGACUGUGGAGUGGCUCUCUGUAAUGGCCUGGUCAGAGAGGCGUGUCUGGGACGUGGCCAGUGGACAGAACCUUCCUCUGUGUGACUGUGGAUUGGGUUUCUGGUUUCCGUAGAGACCCCCAGAGAAGCCUGGCUGGGGACUGGCCAGUGAGCACGCCUCCCUCUGUGACUGCGGGUUGGUUGCCGUAGAGACGGGUCCGGGGGUGUGUCCGGGGGAGGGCCCUGUGGGACACGCCUCUCUGUGUAAACGACGAGGAACGCUUGUGGUCAGAAAGGUGCUGAGGGCUGUUUCUCUUUCCCGUGUUGCUCUGUUCUGUUUUAAGAUCCCAGAAAUUUGUAAAUGCUGUUUUUUUUUCCUCUCUCUAGAUUUUGUUUUGUUUUCUGUUCAAGUGUUGUUUUUUUUUAUUUAUUUUGUAUCUGAAGAAUAGAACAGCCUAGUUAUAUACCACAUUGGCCUUGGGACUUGUAUUUACAUAAAAAGUAAAAAAAAAAGAAUAAUAAUAGAGAUAUGAGAACAUUUUUCUAAAGCAUUAAUAAUUAAAAAAGACAUACAAUUGUUUGGAAUGCUUAAAAACAUACGGGUUGUAGAAAUCUUUUUUUUUGUCUUAGAGAAUCUUGUAUAUGUGUUGUAAAGACGUGAUGUUGGCAUAAUAGGAUCUGAUUUCCUGUUUUUAAAUAUUGAAUUGUCCUGGUAUCACCCUAUUAGCUAUCACACUGGGUCUUUUUUCACCUUUGUUGUGAUCAUAUAUAUUAUUUUUUAGUGAAAAAUCAUUUUACCUCCUCGAUUUUGUUGGGACUGUUGAAUUGUGUUUCUUUUUUUUGGUUUUGUUUUUCUGGAUUCAAGAUUUUAAUGUAAAUUGUUUUGUUUUAUUUAUAUAUUGUUUUUUUUCUUCUUCUAUUUAUUGGAUAUGGAUGGUUCUCCCAUUGUUUUGUUUUUAAUAGGGAUGUCAGAAAUUUGAAAGGUCUUUUCUAUUGUUAUUAUAAUAAUUCUUAUUAACCUGUAAUAUUUGAUGAAUGGGUGCUCGGAGAGGAUUGUUCUUACUGGUGCUCCACCUCUCCUUCUGUCCCCCAGUAUAUAGAAAUUAUAUAUAUAUAAAACUUUACCUUCCCUGUUGUUAAAUAGACCCCAGGGCCCCAUAGAACUCAUUUGAUGGAAUGCUGUCUUUGUAUUUCAAAAAUUAUUAUUUUUUAUUUUCUAGGGCAUUUUGCUAAGAUGACUAAGUGAUAUGAACUGUUUUUCAGAAGCUAAUGAAUUUCGAUGGGCUGCAGUUGUUGGACAUGAGAUCCUUUUUCCUUCUCUGUCUGUCUCCUGGUUUCCUUUUGGCAGGAGUUUUAUUUUUCCUUUCGCAAAUACACAUCUUUUUAUCCUCCAUCGGCAUCUAUUUGAAACUGCACUGUUAUCAAAAAAAAAAAUGUUCACACGGAAAAGCUGAGCCAGAUUUCUCUUACACUUGUGAAUUUGUGUGACUAUUAUUAUUACUACUAUUAUUAUUCUAAAUAAUAAAAACUUUUGAUAAACAUUUGACUGAA